AUGGGGUGUGGAUCAAGCAAAGGUGAAGAAGUAGAUAAUCCGAAUAAAAUAAAGGAUGUGGCACAUUUCAAAAUUUCAUCCUCGGGCAUGGUUUCGGAAAAACAUGGAUUAAUCACUAAUGAUUACACUCUCCUGAAACCUCCCAUCGGAAAAGGUGCUUAUGGGGAAGUUAGAAAAGGGGUGCAUAAGGUCACAAAUUAAAUCAGAGCCAUAAAAGUGAUUUCAAAGGAAAAAGCAAGCAAGAUGGAAGUCGAAAGAUUACGAAUCGAAAUAGAAAUUCUCAAAAGAUUAGAUCAUCCCAAUAUUAUUAAGAUCUAUGAGUUCUAUUAGGAUAGUAAAAAUAUUUAUAUCGUGACUGAAUUAUGCACUGGAGGAGAACUUUUCGAUAAGAUACAGGAAUAACAGUCUUUCUCUGAAAGGAAGGCUGCUGAGACUCUGAAGCAGAUAUUGAGUGCAGUUAAUUACUUGCACAAGAGUAAAAUAGUGCACAGAGAUCUUAAACCAGAGAAUAUUCUAUAUGAGUCCUCCAAACCAUAAGCUUUGUUAAAGAUAGUGGAUUUCGGAACCAGUCGCAUGUUUGAAUAAGGUUACAAGAUGAACCAAAAACUAGGAACACCAUAUUAUAUAGCACCUGAAGUUUUGGAGAGGAAAUACGAUGAAAAAUGUGAUGUAUGGUCUUGUGGAGUAAUAUUAUACAUUUUGCUUUGUGGAAUUCCACCAUUCAAUGGAGAAGAGGACGAAGAGAUCCUCGAAUCUGUGAGAGAAGGUCAAUUGACAUUUGAUGGAGAAGAAUGGAAUCAGAUAUCUUAUGAAGCUAAACUAUUGAUCACUAAGAUGUUGGAGAGGGAUCCAAAGAGAAGGAUCAGUGCGGAACAAGCCUUAAGGGAUCCUUGGAUUACAACCUAUGUCAAAAAAACAGAGAUGGAUUUGCCACAACUAACCAAAGUUUUGAAUAAUCUCAGGAAUUUUAGAGUGGAGAAGAAGUUUUAGGAGGCAGCAUUAACCUUCAUGGUCAAUCAAAUGGCUACCAGUCAGGAGAAACAGGAGUUGUUAUAAUAGUUUUAGGCUCUGGAUUUAAAUGGAGACGGAAGAUUGUCAAAGGAUGAACUCAUUUUAGGUUAUGCGAAGGUUAUGAGUUAUACGGAUGCUGAAUUGGAAGUAACCAAAUUGAUGAAGCAAAUUGAUCAGGAUAAGAAUGGAAGUAUUGAUUAUUCAGAAUUUGUGUUGGCUACUUUCAACAAGGUCAAAUUGUUGGAGGACAAACGAUUAGAACAGGCGUUUCGAUUGUUUGAUAAGGAUGGAAGUGGAUCAAUAUCGAUCGAUGAAAUCAAAGGCAUUUUUGGAUCAGAUGAAACUGCAGUCAGUGACGAAGUGUGGAAGGAGCUGUUGGCUGAAGUGGAUGCUAAUGGAGAUGGAUCUAUCAGCUUCUAGGAGUUCAAAGAAAUUAUUGUUAAAGCCAUAAAUGUUAGUUAUUCAGAUUAAAAACCCAUAAAAUGA